AUGGUUGUACGAUUCCUAAACCUCUGUACUCUUCUUGUUUGUGCCUACAGCCAGUGUGAUCAAGGCUGGAGGCCUUAUGAGGACAGAUGUUAUUAUUUCUCAAGUGACACAAAGUCAUGGCCAGAGGCCCAUGCAUAUUGUUUGGGCCACAGAAGUAACCUGAUGAGCAUUCAGGACAUUCAUGAGAGGCAAUGGGUGGGCACACAAACUAAUGGUGAGAUCUUCUGGAUCGGCCUAAAUGACCUGUCUGUGGAGGGUGUAUGGGAAUGGUCUGAUCGGACCCAAUUCCUCCCAUAUAUAUCAUACUGGAGUCCGGGCCAGCCUGACAACUAUGGUGAUGACCCAGGGGAGGACUGUGGCCAGGUGUUAGGAUCGGCCAAUGGACGGUGGAAUGAUGAGAACUGCAAUGUUAAAAGGAAAUACAUUUGCAAGCGCCCCAAUCCCAACCCUCCUAUCCACUGUGACUUGGCCAGUGGUUGGAGACAGUACAACUCCUAUUGCUACAAACUAAAUACUGAAACCAGGAAGAGCUGGUUGGCAGCCAGAAAUGACUGUGUGAGGGAAGGAGGAGACCUGGUCUCCAUUGCCACUGAUGAUGAAGAGCGUUACAUCAAUGGACUGCUGAACUCAAACAUUGACCUCUGGAUUGGAUUUUCCACACUGAAAUGCAACAAGUUAUCGUGUCAAGUUCAAGUGGGCAACACCCAAUUUGCCUGGUCUGAUGCGAGUCAGUUUCAGUUUCAUAAUUGGGCAGACGGUGAACCCUCGUCUGUUGACACACAGGCAGGCACAUGUUCUGCUAUAACCAAGGAGGCGACAGAUCAGAAUGGAAAGUGGAAGGCCCGUGUGUGCCGGAAUGAGCGUCCUUAUAUGUGUAAAAGGGGACUCAACACAAUCUGUCCUCCUGGCUGGCUAAGCUUUGGUGGGAGCUGUUAUUGGCUGGUCAGCAACACCAAUCUCCUGACCACCUGGUAUGAGGCCCAGACCAAGUGUUUGGACUUAGGUGCCAACUUGCUAAUUAUAAACAGUCUGGAAGAACAGUACUUCAUAAAUGGACAGAUUCCAGACUUUCAUCAAGUAGACAUCCCUGACAUCUGGAUUGGUUUAUCAGACAAGAACGAGGAUGGAAAAUUUAGAUGGGUGGACAAUAGUGAGAUGACUGUGACCAACUGGGGCUCUGGUUGGCCUAAGAAUACUGCCAACCUCUGGGACUGUGCACAGAUCUUUACAGGAAAUUAUCAAGGCAAAUGGGAAACAACCAGCUGCUUCAGGAAUUUGGGUUACAUCUGCGAGAUGAUUGGUGGUGUGAAUGUGAAACCCACCGUGUCACCAGGUCUAUUUUGUGGCCCUGGAUACUUGCUAUUUGGAGACUUCUGCUAUCACUUUGAGACUGAGACAACGAAGAGCUGGCAGGAUGCGGAGACUUGGUGUGUCGGCCAGCAAGGACACCUGGCCAGCUUCCACUCUCAAGAGGAGCUUAGCUUCCUGACUGCUCACAUGCCGGGGGAAAGCUGGGUGGGUUUAAAUGACAUCAAUGAAGAAAACCACUUUAAAUAUACAGAUGGAAGUAAUGCUGAUUUCCUGCUUUGGGCUCCCAACCAGCCGGACAAUUGGCAGCAAAAUGAGGACUGUGUGCAACUCCGAGGGGCGAAUCAUCAUGAAGCUGGCAAACUGAAUGAUGACUUCUGCACCUCCACAAAAGAAUUUAUCUGCAAAAAAGCCAAAGGUCAAAGACCUCCUCCCCAACCCCCAACCUCUGGGCCAGGAUGGAAUGAAAAGUGUGGUACUUGGAUGGCUGAUCCAUUUAAUGACUACUGCUACCAGUUCAACUACCUGAACAUGAGGAAGUGGGCAGAAGCACGGGCUGACUGCAUCAACCAAGGAGGAGACCUUGUUAGCAUCACUGAUCCCUUUGAACAGGCCUUCAUACAAGGAAUGGUCCAGCUGAGUCCAACAGGGAUAUCACUUUGGAUGGGGGGUCAUGACUCUGUCACUGAAGGGGGCUGGGAGUGGACAGAUGGCUCUCCUUUCAGAUAUGUACACUGGAAUGCAGGCAACCCUGACAACUACAAUGGUGAAAACUGUCUGUCAAUACUCAUUAACAAUGGUUACUGGAAUGAUGACAAUUGUGACUUCAAUAGAGGAUACAUCUGCAAGCGGAGGGGGAAAACUCCUCGGCCCCCUCCUCCCCAUGAUGGCUUUAUGACUGCUCUGGUGUGUCAGGGCUCCAGUGCUGUUCUUCAUUGUCCAGAGGAAAGUGUGAUUAACAUCCAAUCAGCCUUCUAUGGACGGGAUAGUGAUGACAUCUGCCCCAACUUGGAUGGAUCAGGAGGAGGAAGUUGCACAGUGGAUGGUUUCCUACCUUACAUAAGAAAGAAAUGUGACAACCAUCCCUUCUGUUUUGUAUAUGCACAUGUGGAGCAGGACCCCUGUCCCAGCGUUUUCAAAUACCUAAAGGUGACCUACAGUUGCGAACAAAAGGUGUGCCUACAUGGCCUGGGUGUGGAAGAUGGAAACAUCACAGACUCCCAGCUCUCUGCCUCUACUUCCGUGGGUUAUUUUACUCCAAAUAAAGCCCGUUUAAAUGGCAGAUCCUGCUGGAUGCCUUCUAGUGGCUCAAACUCAAACUGGAUUCAGGUGGACCUAGGAGAGACCAGGAAAGUGACAGGGAUAGUGAUUCAGGGUUGUCCUCAUGAUGACUACUGGGUCACCAAGUUUAAAGUCCAGCACAGUAUAAGUGGUACCACCUGGACAGACUACACUGCUGAUGGGGGAAUUUUCCCAGGAUCUACAGACAGAGACACCCCAGAAACACAGCUUUUGGGUACUCCGGUGUCUGCUAAAUUCAUCCGGAUCCUUCCCCAGGAGUAUAAUAGGCAGGCAGGCCUCCGAUUUGAUGUCCUCGGAUGCACACCUGACUAUGCAGUCACAUGCGCUAACAAGCCCAACUUCAACUUUGCCAAUGAUCGUGUGAUUGUCCAUUGUCCAGCAGGCUGCGCCAGUGCGGAUUAUAAAGUGUAUGGAAGCAUAGUAUACCGUGGGGACUCUAACAUUUGUGCGUCAGCCAUCCAUGCUGGUGUAAUUCUGAAUGACAUCGGAGGUGACUGUACUCUGUUGAAGGCACCAGGACAGAACUUCUACGCCGGCUCCAUGAGGAAUGGCAUCACCUCGCUACAAUCUGAUGAAAAUUAUGGGCUGUCAUAUACAUUUGCAGAUGGGGAAUUAAGAUGUCCAGAAUCUGACUGGUAUGAAUUUGGAGAGUUUUGCUACAAGCCUUUUGAAGAGAAGAAGACAUGGAACAAUGCACAUGAUGCUUGUCGGGGUCUUGGGGCUGAGCUAGUGUCUGUCCUCUCAAUGACAGAACAGAAUUGGUUGGAAAGUUAUCUCUACUUGGCUACCAGUGAUGUGUGGACUGGUUUAAAUGACCUGGUAGUACCUGGUAUGUUCACUUGGUCUGACAAACACAUGGUUACAUUCACCUACUGGGCACCAGGAGAGCCCAACAACCAUGAUGGCUUCAAAGAGGACUGUGUUGAGAUGCUUCAUCAGAAUGGAAGAUGGAAUGAUGUGACUUGUACUGAACUCAAUACCUACAUUUGCAAAAUGCCCAAAGCCCAUUACCCGCUGCCCUCUGUAAAGCCCACUGUGUAUGGAUGCCCUCAGGGUUGGGACGCAUAUGGCUACUCGUGCUACUUGAUGGAGGAAACCAGCAGAACAUGGUCUGAUGCUAAGGCUUUCUGUAAGGGACAGGGUGGCUUCUUGCUGCAUAUUGGAGACAUUUAUGAGCAGUCACAUUUCACAGUGAUGCUCUCUGGGAAAACUGGCUUUUGGUGGAUUGGCUUGCGGGCCAGAGGAGGGGCAGGUGGAGGGAUAGACUACAUCUGGGACAAUGGCGAUCCUCUAACCUUCACUCACUGGGACAGGGGCCAGCCAGAUAAUGGGGACGCUACUUGUGUAGCUAUGUCUACAGCCACAGUUGGUGGUUUCUGGGAUGACAAGUCAUGCUUGGAGCAAUCCUCCUUCAUCUGUGAGAAACACAGGCCUGAUAUCAGCCCUCCACCAAAGCCCCCGACUCCUCCUGGACAUGGCUGUGCUGAUGGAUGGGGAGGCUUGCCAUACUUCAGAAACUGUUACAAGCUCUUCCAUAAUGUAGACUACCAUCAGAAAAAGAGUUGGGGUGCAGCACGUGAAGACUGUUUGUCCAGAGGGGCCGAUCUAGUCAGCAUCCACAGCCAAGAGGAAGAAGCAUUCCUUGCUCUUUACAGCAAUGCUUCCAGCAAAUGGAUUGGCCUCAAAAACAACCCAACAGAGGGAGGUUAUUCCUGGAGUGAUAACACACCUCUGGCCCAUACUAACUGGGGUCCUGGGGAGCCAAACAACCACGAGGGCCGUGAGGACUGUGUGGAGAUGGUGACCAACAUUAAUGGGACCUACUCCUGGUGGAAUGAUCUGAACUGUGAUGCCCAUCAGGACUGGAUAUGUAUGAUUUCCAAAGCAAAAGAUCCCAUUGAGCCCCCAGCACCUCCAUCACCAGUUCCAGCUCCUGAGUGCGGUGCCAACCCGGGCUGGAGGAAGAAUAAUAACAUCUGCUACUACUACAAUGACACUGACAUUGUGGACUUUCAUACUGCUUUGAAACGUUGCUAUGAAGAGAAGUCAAUUCUUGUCUCCAUCCUAAAUAAGGAGGAACAGGCAUAUGUUAACUCCAUGGUGGGAACAGGGAAGAUUGAUGCAGCCUGGAUUGGAAUGAGGAUGGUUGGCCUGACAGGUGGAGAAUAUAUAUGGGUAGACUUUUCUCCAGUAACUUAUACUCACUGGGGUCCAGGUGAGCCCAACAAUGCCAAUGGAGAGGAACAGUGUGUACAGAUGAACAGACAUCAAGGUGGAUGGAAUGAUGCCAAUUGCGGUAGAGCAGGUGCAGGUUAUGUCUGUAAGAAGUACCCUGGAAAAGACCACACCCCUCCUCCACCCACACAGCCAUGGGAGGGCAACUGCCCUGCAGGGUGGAUGCUUUUUAGGAAUAAGUGCUUCUUGUUCAGAGGGCGCAAAAAUGACAUUAAAGCCAACUGGUCCUAUGCUAGAAGUUGGUGCAAAGGCAAAGGAGGAGAGUUGGCAGUUAUUGACAACCAAUAUGAGAAUGACUUUGUGUCCAGCUACCUGAGGGACUUGGAGUUCCCUGCGUGGAUUGGUCUUUCGGAUGUCUUGUUGGAGAAUCAGUAUGCAUGGAGUGAUGGCAUCAGCCCUGUACUGUACACCAACUGGAAUAACAAGGAGCCCAACAAUGCAGGAGGAUCAGAACACUGUGUUGCAAUGACUCACAAUUCCUUGGUUAGCGGGAAAUGGAACGAUGAUGCCUGUCAUAAGGAGAACAGCUUCGUUUGCUACAGGAAGAAAUCAAGCAGUAUUGACCCACCAUCCCCAACCAAAAGCCCUUGCCCAGAUGGCUACAUGUCCUGGUACCAGAACUGCUACAAGCUGAUGGAGGAGCCUAUAACCUGGGAUGCAGCUCAGAGGGCCUGUGAGCAGCAAGGGGGUAACCUAGCCAGCAUUGACUUGAGCUAUGACCAGGCCUUCAUUGCUGGGGUCGUCCUCCAGGGGAAGGCUGAUGCCUGGAUUGGCCUCAGGCGUGAGGAUGACACAGGUUCUUAUAAGUGGACAGAUAACUGGCCAGUUUUCUACACCCACUGGGGUCCAGGGGAGCCCAGUAACAACAAGGGUGAGGGCUGUGUGAGUAUGCAUGCUGACCUAUAUUUCCAUGGAACGUGGAAUGACACCAAAUGUGACCAAGCCAAGCCUUAUAUCUGCAAGAUCUCCUCAGCGAAGCCCCCACCCACCCUUUCCCCUGGGGAUGGGAAGUGUCUGCCGUACUGGAAACCAUACGGACGCUAUUGUUAUUUUGUCUACAAUGGUCAGGAGGGCUAUUCUUGGCCAAAUGCCCAACACCACUGCCAGUCAAUCAAGGCAGAUUUGGUGUCUAUCCACAGCAGAGCUGAAGUGGAGUUUAUCAGAACCCUCAAUUAUACCAAACAUCACAUCUGGAUUGGUCUUACCAGGGACCGCAACUUUGGCUGGGCCUGGACAGACAAAACAUCUUUAGGCUUCCUGAACUGGGCUCCUGGAGAGCCCAAUGAAGCCUUUCACCCCGGUGAAAUGGUUGAGGAGAACUGUGUGGAGAUGUACCUUGAUGGACUCUGGAAUGACAACAACUGCAUGCAGAAGAGAAGCUUUGCAUGCCGCCAACGUCAAUAUUAUAGUACAGAUGAAAAUGGCAGACCUAUCAUCCCAACUGAUCCUCCUUCUUCCAAUGGAGGGGUGAUAGCUGGGGCGAUCAUUGGAGCCAUUGUUAUUUUCUCCAUGAUACUUGGACUUCUAUACUAUCUCUUUAGCAUCCGUGGAUUUAAGAUCAGUGGCUUAAACUUGCCCACCAGAACAGCCAGCAAGAUUGAUGUGCCUGCCUUCAGCAACCCGAACUUUGGAGGAGAAUCAGAAACAUAA